AUGAGCGCCAUCAGGACCAAGCUUCAUCACCAACUCCAGACCGUCACGGCGAGAAUUCCCGUCCUCAAUUCGACGGCCGCCACCAGAGGCGGGGUUCAACCAUGGAACAGUCGAUUAAGGGAGCUAGCAAACAAGUCGCUCUUCUCAGAAGCCCUGUCUGUCUACCUCCAAAUGCUUCGCUCCGGUGCAUCCCCGAACGCAUUCACUUUCCCGUUCGCGCUCAAGUCAUCCGCCGUGCUCUCUCUCCCCAUCACCGGAGAACAGCUCCAUUGCCAAGCGAUCAGAACGGGUUGUUUGUUAGAACCCUUCGUUCAGACCUCUCUGAUAUCAAUGUACUGCAAGUGCAAUUUCGUUGACGUUGCGCGCCAGGUGUUUGAUGAAAAUCCUCUGUCAAGGAAGCUCACCGUUUGCUACAAUGCUUUGAUUGCUGGGUACGCCCUGAAUCUCAGAACGAAGGAUACCGUGUCGCUGUUCUGCGAAAUGAGGGAAUUUGGUGUGGAGAUCAAUGGGGUGACCUUGCUCGGCUUGGUUCCGGUUUGUGGAGUGGCGGGGAAUUUCGGACUUGGCAUGUGCGUGCACGGUUGCUGUCUGAAGUUCGGACUAAAUCUCGACUUCUCAGUUGGGAAUUCCUUGCUUUCAAUGUAUCUGAGAUGUGGAGAAAUCAAGACGGCCAGGAAACUGUUCGAUGAAUUGCCGGGGAAAGGGUUGAUCACCUGGAACGCGAUGAUCAACGGUCAUGCACAAAAUGGACUUGCUAACGAUGUGUUGGAGCUCUACAGAGAGAUGGAAGCAAGCGGGAUUCAACCUGACCCUGUAACACUCGUCGGUGUUCUCUCAUCUUGUGCUAAUCUUGGUGCACAAGAGGUUGGUAAAGAGGUGGAAAGGCGAAUUCACGCUUGUGGAUUUCUAGCUAAUCCGUUUCUGAACAAUGCUUUGAUCAACAUGUACUCCAGGUGUGGCAACUUGGUGAAAUCCAGGCAAAUCUUUGACAGAAUGCCGGUCAAAACUGUAGUCUCUUGGACAGCAAUCAUAGGAGGUUAUGGAAUGCACGGACAAGGAGAGGUUGCAGUUGACCUCUUCGAUGAUAUGAUUAGGGCCGGCACAAUACCCGAUCGAGCAGCUUUUGUGAGCGUUUUGUCUGCCUGUAGCCAUGCCGGUCUAACAGAUAAAGGGUUGCAUUAUCUUGAUACCAUGGAGCAGAAGUUUCACCUGAGUCCAGGUGCAGAGCAUUAUUCCUGCGUCGUGGAUCUUCUAGGCCGAGCUGGACGACUAGAUGAAGCUCACGGGCUCAUCAGGACCAUGAAAGCUAAACCUGAUGGUGCAGUCUGGGGAGCACUUUUAGGCGCCUGCAAAAUUCACAGAAAUGUGGAACUGGCCGAGUUGGCUUUUGAACGUGUUGUAGAGCUUGAACCAACAAAUAUUGGCUACUAUGUUCUGUUAUCGAACAUAUACACUGAUGCUGGGGAUUCGGAGGGGAUACUGAGGAUUCGGGUGAUGAUGAGAGAACGAAAGCUAAAAAAGGACCCAGGCUGCAGUUAUGUUGAAUUCAAAGGCAGAGUUCACCUCUUUGUUUCAGGGGAUAGAAGUCAUCCUCAAUCGAAGCAAAUAUACGAGUUUUUGGAUGAGCUGGAAUGCAAACUGAAGGAACUUGACCAGAAUAGAGCCGAGGAGCAGCUGCGAGGGUUGAGUGGGAUGGGGGUGCACAGUGAGAAACUGGCUGUUGCAUUUGGGCUCUUGAACACGAAGGAAGGAGCAGAGAUUGUUGUGAUGAAGAACCUGAGGAUAUGUGGAGAUUGUCACUUGUUCAUGAAGUUGGUUAGCAAGAUUUUGCCACGACGUGAAUUCAUAGUGAGAGAUCCAACUAGAUUUCAUCACUUCAGAAACGGAGUUUGUUCUUGCAAAGACUAUUGGUGA